AUGCGCGCGCACACACGCACCCGCGCGCCUGCAUCCCGUGCUGUUCCCCUGGCAGACACACAGGCGCUCACUAGUCUCUCCUUGCCAGGCUGCAGGGCAGCGACCCCUAAACCCAGCCCGAGGGCCCGCCCUUGGCAAGCAGCUGCUUCUCUCCAGAUAGCUCCUUUGGGGCCUCGGUCAGAGCCGCCUGGACCCUUCGCGACUGCUGCAGCCAGGACGUGGAAGCAGCAAGAAGCUCUGGGGCAAGGCACACUAACGGUACCUACAGAAUAUUGGACAUACAGACCCAGGAUCCAUAAGACUUUAUCACCUUGAAUCAAGGAUUUAUUUGGUAUCAUCCUCGGUCCCUUCAUACCAAGUAACAUUUUUUUCUUUAAAAAAAAAAAGAACUAACAGUUGCUAAAAGAGAGUUUUUAAAAAUAAUACUUCCCAUACUUUCCAAUGCCUAAGAAUAGCAAGGUGGUAAAAAGAGAACUAGACGAUGAGGUUAUUGAGUCUGUCAAAGACCUUCUUUCCAAUGAAGACUCAGUUGAUGAUGCUUUUAAAAAGAGUGAACUAAUUGUUAAUGUCCAAGAAGAGAAAGACACAGAUAUUGAAGAAGGAUCUGAAAUCGAAGAUGAAAGACCAGCUUGGAACAGUAAACUACAAUACAUCCUGGCCCAGGUUGGAUUUUCUGUAGGUUUGGGGAAUGUGUGGCGAUUCCCAUACCUAUGCCAGAAGAAUGGGGGUGGUGCAUAUCUUUUACCAUAUUUAAUACUACUUCUGGUAAUAGGUAUUCCCCUUUUUUUCCUGGAACUUUCUGUGGGUCAAAGAAUUCGGCGAGGCAGCAUUGGUGUGUGGAAUUACAUAAGCCCUAAACUGGGCGGGAUUGGAUUUGCAAGUUGUGUAGUGUGUUUUUUUGUGGCUCUCUACUACAACGUCAUCAUUGGCUGGAGCUUGUUUUAUUUUUCUCAGUCUUUUCAGCAACCUCUACCUUGGGAUCAGUGUCCUUUGGUGAAAAAUGCUUCACAUACUCUUAAACAGCUUGAAAUAAUGCUGGAGCCCAAGGUUUGGAGAGAAGCUGCUACUCAGGUGUUCUUUGCCUUAGGUCUGGGAUUUGGUGGCGUCAUUGCCUUUUCAAGCUACAACAAAAGAGACAACAACUGCCACUUUGAUGCUGUCUUGGUGUCCUUCAUCAAUUUUUUCACUUCUGUACUGGCAACAUUGGUGGUGUUUGCAGUUCUGGGAUUCAAAGCAAAUGUCAUAAAUGAGAAAUGCAUUGCACAAAAUUCAGAAAUGAUCAUAAAAUUUUUAAAAAUGGGAAAUAUUAGUCAGGACAUUAUUCCCCAUCAUGUCAACCUUUCCGCUGUUACUGAAGAAGAUUAUCAUUUAGUUUAUGACAUCAUCCAAAAAGUGAAAGAAGAAGAGUUUCCUGUUCUUCAUCUCAAUUCCUGUCAAAUUGGAGAUGAGCUAAAUAAACUCACAUUUUAUCUUAGAAGCAGGUUUAUGGAAGACCUAAGAGAUAUGCUAGGCUUUGCUCCCAGCAGAUAUUACUACUAUAUUUGGAAAUACAUUUCUCCUUUAAUGCUAUUAUCAUUGCUAAUAGCAAGUGUGGUGAAUAUGGGAUUAAGUCCUCCUGGCUAUAAUGCCUGGAUUGAAGAUAAGGCAUCUGAAGAAUUUCUGAGCUAUCCAACGUGGGGAAUGGUUGUCUGUAUCGCUCUGAUGGUCCUCGCAAUACUCCCUGUCCCAGUAGUCUUCAUCGUUCGUCGCUGCAACCUCAUAGACGAUAGUUCUGGUAAUUUAGCAUCUGUGACCUAUAAGAGAGGAAGGGUCCUGAAAGAGCCUGUAAACUUAGAGGGAGAUGAUGCAAGCCUCAUUCAUGGAAAGAUACCAAGUGAGAUGUCAUCUCCAAAUUUUGGUAAAAAUAUUUAUCGAAAACAGAGUGGAUCACCAACUCUGGAUACUGCUCCCAAUGGACGGUAUGGAAUAGGGUACUUGAUGGCAGAUAUGCCAGAUAUGCCGGAAUCUGAUUUGUAGCUGGGGGAAAACCCAGCGUGUUUUGUUUGGUUCAUUUUCAUCAAUGAACAUUGGCUCUAUUAAGAGAAGCAUUAGGCUUCACUUAUCAGAGGGCGAUCUCAGGUGUUCCAUGGCUGUGAUCUUUAAUUCUAACAGUAUAUGUCAAUUCAACUAGAGCAUUCCUUUGGAUUCUUUGGUUUACAUUGUGCAGAAAGGAUUACAGACGAAGCUCACAAUGACCGAGGUCCAUGUUUGUCAGGAUUUUUAAAAGUACUUUUGGUGUAUUUUCAAGCAUUUCUAUUUCUAAAACAGGUAUUACCUCAGUUUCUAAUAAUUUCUGGGUUUAAUAGUAUUGGCAAUUCAAAAAUGGUAUACCUUAAAAUUUACAAGUUUGACUUCAAGCUAACUUCCAGUAUUACAAGGAGCAGAUCUGUAAUUUGGUGCCUCUCAGCACAUUUCCAUGAAUAUAUUGUGUAGAUAGGCUGUAAUUAUUUUGGUAGCAUUGAUACCUUCUUAGGUAAUUAGCUGAAAAAACUGCAAAAUAUUUUCCUAUGUAAUAGCUGUAUAGAGCAAUAGUAUCAAAGAAUAAGAAGGCACGAAUGCUGGGAUGAAAGGUAAAAUUCACAGGUGACUGAGAAUCAUGUGAGUGAUGGCUGUAUAUUUUGUGUAAAAUAUAUGUGUGAAAAUGAUUUAUGAGGGAGUCACUCAGCACUCUCAAGAAUUAUGCAGAUUCUGCAUUUUUCUUAUGCCGUGUGCCUAAAAACCUACUUGGUAUUUAUUGUGGCUUCAAGAUUACUCAUAGUAUAUUUAUAUAAUAUACUUGCAAUGUAUAUAGAUAUAUAUUAGUACUUUAAGUACUGAUUUGAAAACUUGAAGCAAGAUGGCAUUUUAUUUCAUAUACUUCGGUUUUGCUUCUGUUUCAUGCAAAUAUAAAUCCUUUUUUAAGUGAUUGUUAAAAUUGUAUGGCAUUACAUUUUAAUCUACAAAUAAACAAAGUUUAAAAAUGA